AUGGUUAACGUUCCAAAAACUAGAAAGACCUACUGUAAGGGUAAGGAAUGUCGUAAACACACCCAACACAAAGUCACCCAAUACAAGGCUGGUAAGGCUUCUUUGUUCGCUCAAGGUAAGAGAAGAUACGACCGUAAGCAAAAGGGUUACGGUGGUCAAACCAAGCCAGUUUUCCACAAGAAGGCCAAGACUACCAAGAAGGUUGUUUUGAGAUUGGAAUGUGUUGUCUGCAAGACCAGAGCUCAACUUUCUUUGAAGAGAUGUAAGCACUUCGAAUUAGGUGGUGACAAGAAGCAAAAGGGUCAAGCCUUACAAUUCUAA